AUGGCGACCGUCAUCAAGGAUGGCAGUGACAGAAUGCAUGUAGAAGCCUCAGACACUGGCCUCGGACACCUCAAGGACGUCGGCCUACACGAUGCCACCCUCGCCAGCGGUGCCCUCGAAGGGACGGCUCAGGAACACAGCAUGGGAGUCUUCCAGGCCUUGAGGACGUACAAGCGGGCGGCGUUCUGGUCGAUCCUCCUCUCCACGACCAUCGUCAUGGAAGGGUACGACGUGACACUGAUAGGUUCUUUCUAUGGUUAUCCUUCUUUCCGUCGAAAGUACGGUGCCUACCUCGACGAAGAAAACGGCUACCAGAUCUCCGCGACGUGGCAACAACGCUUCAACUGUCUCGGGGCUCUGGCCAACAUCAUCGGCGCCCUGUUCAACGGGUGGGCCACGGCUCGCUGGGGACACCGCAGGGUCCUCAUGUUCUCACUCUUCUGGCUGACCGGCUUCAUCUUCAUCGUCUUCUUCGCGCCCACGAUCGAGGUCCUGCUCGUGGGGUCCUUCUUCUGCGGCAUCCCCUGGGGCGUCUUUGCCACGACGGGGCCCUCUUACGCCGCCGAGGUCACCCCCCUCGCGAUCCGAGGGUAUCUGACCGCGUACGUCAAUCUCUGUUGGUGCAUAGGCCAGUUCAUCGCCGCGGGAGUUCUCAAGGGUCUCGUGAACAACGACACGGCUUGGAGUUAUAGGGUUCCUUUCGCUGUACAAUGGGUAUGGCCCGUCCCUCUCUUCGUCGCGGCGUACUUUGCACCCGAAUCCCCGUGGUACUUUGUCCGCACCGACCGGAUCGAAUCGGCCCGCAAGUCACUCGAGAGGUUGACGGAACCCGAACACCACGGCGACAUCGACCCCACCGUCGCCAUGAUGGUCCACACGAACAAACUCGAGAUGGCGGAGCGGGCGGGCGUGAGGCUCUGGGACGCGUUCAGGGGCACCAACCGGCGCCGCACCGAGAUAGCGUGCGUGGGGUUCCUGUCCCAGAUCACAAACGGGGGGGCCCUGUGCUACUCGGGGUCCUUCUUUUUCCAACAGACCGGCAUCGGCGCCAGUGCCUCGUACGCCAUCUCCCUCGGCGGCACCGGCAUCGCGUUCGUGGGGACCGUCAUCUCCUGGCUCUACCUCUACCGGUGGGGUCGAAGGACCAUCUGGCUCGUCGGUUUCAGCUCCCUCGUCGUCAUCCUCUGGACCAUCGGUUUCCUCGCCCUGCCUCGCCAGACAAAGGCUCUGGCGUGGGGGCAGUCCCUCCUCUGCAUCGUCUGGCUGGGCGCCUACUCCAUGAGCGUCGGCCCCAUCAUCUACACCCUCGUGUCGGAAAUAGGGUCCACCCGUCUCCGCACCCAGACCGUCGUGCUCGCCCGGAGCACCUACUACGUCGGCAACAUCAUAUGCGGAGGUCUGCUGCAACCAAAAUUGAUAUCCCCGGGGGCUUGGAAUGCAAAGGGCAAAACUGCAUUCUUCUGGGCGGGACUCGCUACCUUGACGUUGAUCUGGGGUUAUUUCCGACUUUUCGAAACAAAAGAUAGGACUUUUGGUGAGCUGGAUUUCAUGUUUCAAAACAAUGUCCCUGCUCGUAAGUCGGCCAGGUAUCAAAUCAGGGAAGAGGAAUUGUAUACCGCAGAUGGAGACGUCGAGAAGUCUUGAUGAGUUUUAAGUGAUAGGCAAGG